UAGGGCAAGGCUACAGUAAACCUCGUUCUGGAGGAGGGCAAGUAGAGAUGAUGGUUCAUUUGCUCGAAGUUGAUCUGAAGAUGACGGUCAAUAGUCAACGCGGAUUGAACACAUCAAUUCUUAAGUGAAUAUCUUAAGCUUCAAAGGCUCUCUUUUUUUUUCUCUCAAUGUGGACAUUUUUACUUUACGCCAAUACAGUUUGACUAUUUUUUCGUAGGAAAAUUAUAAGAUAGGACUGGUUUAAUUGGAAUAGCCUACAUUUUUUGUUCGUUGUUUAAACCUGGCCUUACUUUCAGCAUGUACUACGCAGAAGGUCUCUGUAAGAAGGGACAAAACUCCUGGAUGGCUCAGUUUGAAGAAGAGAUGCAGCAGCAGCUGGAGAGCUCACUACACAGUGAGCUGGAGAAGCUGCUGAGCACUGCUCAGGGAGCGGACGCAGAGGUUUCCAAGAAGGACUUUGAUGGCUUCAAAAAACUAUUCCAUAGAUUUCUUCAAGUGAAGGGACCAUCAGUGGAAUGGCCAAAAAUCCACAGGCCUCCAGAGGACUCGAUCCAGCCAUACGACAGGAUCAAGGCCAAGGGGCUCCCAGACAACGUAGCUGACAGCCUGAACAAGCUUGUGGUGGUGAAGCUCAAUGGAGGCCUGGGAACCAGCAUGGGCUGCAAAGGGCCCAAGAGCCUUAUCAGCGUCCGCAACGAGAACACCUUCCUGGACCUGACCGUGCAGCAGAUUGAGCAUCUGAAUAAGACCUACGACACAAACGUGCCCUUGGUGCUGAUGAACUCUUUCAACACAGAUGAGGACACCAAGAAAAUCCUGCAGAAGUACACACACCACCGAGUGAAAAUACACACCUUCAACCAGAGCAGGUAUCCACGGAUCAACAAAGAGUCCCUUCUGCCCGUGGCGAAGGAUCUGGGCAUGACGGGCGAGAACGCAGAUGUCUGGUACCCACCAGGCCAUGGAGACAUCUACGCCAGCUUCUACAACUCGGGCCUGCUGGACCAGCUCAUUGCAGAGGGCAAGGAGUACAUCUUCGUAUCCAACAUCGACAAUCUGGGCGCCACCGUGGACCUGUCUAUCCUGAACCACCUGAUGAACCCGCCCAACGGCAAACGCUGCGAAUUCGUCAUGGAGGUCACUGACAAGACUCGGGCUGACGUCAAGGGUGGCACGCUGAUCCAGUACGAUGGCAAACUGAGGCUGCUGGAGAUCGCCCAGGUGCCCAAGGCCCACGUGGACGAGUUCAAGUCCGUCAGCAAGUUCAAGAUCUUCAACACCAACAACCUGUGGAUCUCCCUGCCCGCCAUCAAGAGGCUACAGGAGCAGAACGCCAUCGACAUGGAGAUCAUUGUCAACCCUAAGACACUGGACGGUGGCCUGAACGUGAUCCAGCUGGAGACGGCGGUGGGCGCCGCCAUCAAGAGCUUCGACAACGCGCUGGGCAUUAACGUGCCUCGCAGUCGCUUCCUGCCAGUCAAGACCACCUCCGACUUGCUGCUGGUCAUGUCCAACCUGUAUAGCCUGGAUGCCGGCUCGCUCACCAUGAGCCAGAAGCGCGAGUUCCCCACCACGCCACACGUCAAGCUGGGCAGCUCCUUCACCAAGGUGCAGGAGUUCUUGACUAGAUUUGAGAGCAUCCCUGACAUGUUGGAACUGGACCACCUUACAGUGUCUGGAGACGUCACGUGCGGCAAGCGCGUCUCACUAAAGGGAACUGUCAUCAUCAUUGCCAAUCAUGGAGACAGGAUCGACAUUCCGGCCGGAUCGAUGCUGGAGAACAAGAUAGUGUCAGGAAAUCUGCGCAUUCUGGACCACUAAGGCCUUUUAGGAACUUUCCGGAACCCACACAGAAGCCUCCACAGCCUCAGUCUCUCUGCUCUGAACGGUCUGUUACGGCAGGAGAGACUGGUGCCACAAACACAACAUGCAUUACCCACUGUAAAAAAAGAAAGAGAUUAUAUGUAGCCUAUUAGUUUUGGUGUUAAGAACUUUGUAUUUUAAAAAAAAGAAAGAAAAAAAAAUCCCCACCGUCACUUUGAGUCGAAAUGUCAGACCUUCAGGUUUGUGUAAUAUUCCCCCCCACAGAUUAUAUUAUUAACACCACUUCUCCUCUCUUCUUUUUCACAAGGAGAAACAGAAAACACCCCUGGUGUAGUACUAUCACAAGAUGUUUUUUUUUUGUUACAGUUUUUACAAUACAAAUGCGAACAUGACUUGUGAAAAUGUGAACGUUGUCUGCGGACUGGGAGUCUGCAAGCAAUAAGUGUUUCUUUGGCAACGGCGACAAUUAUACCCCAGUGUGUCCGAGCCUCAAUGGGACGCCGGUACUGUCCUUGGAACAAAAUUAAAAAGUGCAAUAUGGAUUUCAA